AAAUUAGAAAAUUCCAGGUUUUCUGUUGAAUCAUUGUGUUUUAAUUAUUGUUUGAAAUUGUUAAUGACUAUUUAAAAUAAAUCUUACCAGUGCUUCCUUGUGUGUAUGGUGUGUGGUACCUUGGACCUAGCCCCAGGUACACUGAGCUACAAAAGUGCAUUUUUAUAUAUCAGCAUAUUAUGUAGUAUACAUGUGCGACUGGCACUCCAUUCUGUCCUUAUGAUUUACCUUCUUAUUCCAGUUAUGAAAAAUUAAUCCUGGAACACUAACCUGACCUUCCUAAUAAUUAAGUGAUUCUAGCUUGACCUGAAAGUUGUAUGGGAGAAAAUAAGAAGAGACCAUUCUUAGCAGUAGCCAAAUUGGGGGCGGGUUUGUCAAACUAUUCUUAAAGGUAUUCUAUUCUCUGUUACUAUUGCUUAAGACUUUGUAAUUCCCUUGUAAAAUGAACAAAAACUCCAGAAGUGUGCAUAUUAGUAAAACUUACUUUAAUUUGAAAAAAAAAAAUUAGAAAUGAAGAAAAUAAAGCAAGAGUGAUAAAAGUAAUUUCAUCAAACUAAUAAAUGUGUUCUGGCUCCAAAUCUUGGGAUUUUUUUCUAUGUAGCAAAACAUAGUCCAAAGGAUGCAAUGUAAAUGUAGGUUGGAAGAGGACAGGGGCUAGGAAGAGCAAAUUAUGCUUUCUAUGGGACUAGAGGAAGAGAUAUAGCAGCAGAGGAUAUAGUGAGAAUCUGUUGGGAGGUAAUGAACAAGAGACUUUGCUAUUGUUGAGAGGCAUGCAUGCCAUGGUCCAGGUUUGGAACCAGGCAGAGAUGGCAGGGCAGUCUGCGGCACUCUGAUACCAAGACAAGCAGGAGAGGAUCAUGUCUACCAGAAGAUCCCGCCCAUUAGGAUCCUAAUGCCCAGCAGAUCCUAAUGGGCAGCCAAGUGGGCAGGUUAGGCAGCCACAGGCACGAAUAGCACCCCAGGGAUGUUGGCAAAUGGGGGGGGGGCUGUCCAUGCUAGUUUUUUCUUUACUUUCCAUUACAUUACCAAAUCAGCUGAGAAUCAUAGGAUUUAAGGGUAGAGAAACACCUCAGAAGUCAUAUAACCUUUUCUCUUCACUGAUGAGGAAACUGUGGCCCGCAGACUUGCUGGGUCACAGGAGUACAGUUUGCAUCUAGAUCCUCUGACUACACAUCUAAGGCUUUUCCGUAACUCAAAAUCUUACACUUCAUAUGUAAAACGAAACAAGAUCUUCAAAUUCAAUUUUCCGGGUUAAGGAAAAAAGGUCUUGGAUAAACGUUUCUGCUGCUCCUUUAGUAUAAAAAUAUACUCCUUUCAGGUAAGGAUUCCUAUGAAACAUGCACUGACACCUCACCCUCCCACAAACAGCGGGGUGGAAAAAAAUCCUCCACUGCUCAGAUUGUCUGCAUUUCCCUCCCUCCUCCCCUCUCCCUAAAGAACGUUAUGGGAAAAUCUUUAAAAACAUCACUUUUUGGGCAAUGGAACUGAAACCCUAAUACAUUUUCAAGAGGCUCUGGACUGAAGAGGCUUCUUCAAAAUGGGAAUUCGCUCACCCCAAAAUCUCAGCUCUAGCUUCCCACUCCUUUUCCACUCAGCGUCCAUUUCCACCCCCCACCACCUGCUUCCUCCGAAGUAGGAGGGAUAAGUGUCAAAGGCUCAGGGUGUGUGUGUCUGUGUGUGGUGCGGGGAGGCGGAGUUUGCUUUCAAUUCCCAAUCAGGACUGAGAUCGAGCCGGUGGCGCUGAUGACGUCGGCCCCAGCCCCCUCCCCUAUCCCACCUACCUCCACACACGCUCUGUGGCGCUCGCUUAAGAGAAAAGAGGCGAGCGAGCCGUGGGUGAGAACUGAAUGAGCAUGCGCAACAGCUUGAGUAAGGCGGGGUUGGCGGCGCUAGAAAUCCUUACGCGCGGGCGCGCAGGUGCGCGCGCGUGCAAGAGGGGGGGCGGCAGGGGGCUGUCGCCGGCCCCGGGUGGAGGGGGCGGUUCCUCGAGUGUCAAGGGCCGGCGGGCGGGCAGGGCGGGUGGCAGGUGCCGCCGCCGCCGCCGCGGCCACCGGGUCCACCUUCUCCUUUACCUCCUCCUCCUCUUCUAGCCUCCUCCUCCACGUCGUCUUCUAGCUACCACGGCGAUGAGCGGGAUCCUGGCGGCCACCGCACCUGCUUGCUGCCUGUCACCCCGAGCUUCCCGGUCCGAGUUCGGCCUCCUCCUCGUUCCGCAGGGCCCCGCGGUGCGGCGCUGCCUCUGAAGAGGAGCGGCGGCCUCUUGGCCUCUCCCCGGUCCUCCAGGGCCUGCGCUCGGGGGCCCCUUUCCUCCCCCGGCCCGCCCGCUGUCCUCAAUGUCUCCCCGGCGGGGAGGGGGCUGCCUUGGAGACGCGCUGAGCAGCCCCCCCCGGCGGCCCCUCCGCAGCAGUAGCAGCAGCAGUAGCCGCCCCGGCAGCAGCAGCAGCGGCCCCCGCGGCGCCCCGCCCCCGUCCCCGGUCCCGGCCCCGACCCCGGAGGCGGUGGCGGCCUGGAGGAGCCGACCCCCAGCCGCUGAUCCCCGAGCCUCGCAGCCCCCGCCGCCCCGGAGCCGCGGAGAGAGCGGCGGGCGCCCCCCGGGGAAGAUGAAGGCGGAGGGGGCAGAUAAUUCCAUGAUCAACCUGUCGGUGCAGCAAGUCCUGAGUCUCUGGGCCCAUGGGACGGUGCUGAGGAACCUAACGGAGAUGUGGUACUGGAUUUUUCUGUGGGCUCUCUUCUCUUCUCUCUUUGUCCAUGGUGCUGCAGGAGUGUUGAUGUUUGUCAUGCUACAGAGACAUAGGCAGGGAAGAGUCAUCUCGGUCAUUGUGGUCAGCAUCGGAUUUUUGGCUUCUAUAACAGGAGCAAUGAUAACCAGUGCAGCAGUUGCUGGCAUUUAUAGAGUCGCAGGGAAAAACAUGGCUCCUUUGGAAGCGUUGGUAUUAGGGGUUGGACAAACUGUACUGACAUUAAUCAUCUCUUUUUCAAGGAUCCUUGCAACACUUUGAACUUUUUAAAAAGUUAUAAGAAAAUGCACAUGCAGAUUCCCAUGAAGUAGUUCCAGUGGCAAGUGGAUAAGAAAUUGUUUAAGAAUGUGAAUUGUGCCCUUCCCGUCUAGAGGCCUUGAGCUGUGGGAAAAGACUGCCCUCUAGUGUCCAAAUUGUGGCACUACUUACUGCAUCGCACCUUAUGUGCCUCUGUCCCAGGCAAGGUGCAGCUGUUCCACUGGAUGUGAAGGAAGCUACAAGAAAACAGCACCUUGUUUAGCUGCCAAUCAGGGUAACAUGGGUGAUGAUCAUUAUUCUUAACAGUGUUGUGAUAAAGUACAGGGACAUUUCUGAAGAACUGAUAUGUGCCAAACUUGAUUUUUUUUUUUUAACAUUAAUGAUGUGGAUGAUUUCCAAGUGUAGAAAUAGGAUUGCUGUGAACACAUUUCACAUGAAUUCAGGUAAAAUAGUAAGAUUAACUUCUCUAAUGCUAAAUCCCAGUAAGAAUGCUGAAUACCCAUUCAGUAUGGGUGUAUGUUACUUGAUUUUUAAUGUUGACCAUUACAGAAAUGUAGGGAUCUAGUGUAAUUGUGUAGGAGUAAUUGUGAUUUGCUUUACUUUAUGUGGAAAAAUAUUUCAUGGAAAGCUCUAAACCACUUUGAAGACUUAUAAAGUAGAUCUGUAUGAUAUGGUUUUCAUUAAGUGAAAUAAAUCUCUUUUAAUAGUUUUCCCUCACACACAAAAAAAAUAUAUAUAUACAUACAUGUAUCCUAACCAUUUAUAUUCAGAAGUUGAAGACUUUGUUAGUCAGACAUGGAUUACAGUUUGUGUAUGCACAAAAAAAAUAGAAUUUGAACUAUUUCUUAUAAAUUUUGUAAAAAAAAAUCUGAAAUGCAUGUUGCAUACUUUAACCCUUCUAAAGAAAGUAUUUGCUAUGUAUCUCAUAGGAAAGCUUUUCUUUCCUAAUAUUGCAGUGGGAUUAAACUAUUCGUGGCAGUUAAAUCUUGA